GUCGGAUUUUGUAGUUACUCGAUAAUUUUAAAGUCUAUGGAUCUUAGGAUAUAUUGUUGUGGUAUAUUGUUUCCAUAUUAUUCAAUAGGUAUCACAAAUGAAUCAGGCUCAACAUUUGCUGUUUAUGCUAUAGCAGUGUGUCGUAAGGAUCCAUCAGGUUCUGAAGAUAAAUGGAAUGUUAUCAGAAGAUAUAGUGAUUUUCGGGAUUUUCAUUUUGCAAUUAUUCAGAAAUUUCCUCACCUUAGUCAGUUACAGUUCCCUGGUAAGAAGACUUUUAAUAAUUUGAGCCCCCAAUUUUUAGAAAAGCGCACAGGUCAGUUGUGUAAUUAUCUGCAGAUUUUAACUAAUCCUGACACUUUAGUAAACAGUCCCGGGUUGAAAACUGCAUUAUUGCAAUUCCUGGAGCCUAAAGUGUAUGAAAAAGGCAGAAAACCUUUAGCUAAAAAG